UUAUUGCCUGUUGCCUAGUAUUGUAUCUGAAGCUAUAAACUUGAACUAGUGUAGCCAAUUCCGCCAAAAGAAUAAGUUUAUUGUCGUCAUUCCUGUCUAUAUUAUUCUUCUAUAGAAUUUCCUUGCUCUUAUUUUACAAGAAAAAUGUUUAUAUUUACAAAAUAUCUGAUAUUUAUUAUCGCCAGUACAUUUACGACGAUAUUUCUUUUUUAUAUUCAUUUUGCAUACAUGUUGGAUAUAUUUUUUCAAUGGUUCUUCGACAACGUUCGAGAUAUGCAACAAUACGAUUAUAUUGUGGUUGGUGCUGGUAGUGCUGGUUCAAUUUUAGCAACACGGCUAGCAAAGGACAAACAGUCGAGAGUAUUAUUGCUAGAAGCAGGUGGUACUGCACCAUUUUUUCUCGAUAUACCACUUUUGGCACCAAUAAUUCAAAAAACUGCUUAUGAUUGGCAAUAUAUUACUGUUCCUCAAGAACACGCAUGUAAAGGUUUAAGCAAUAAUCAAAGCAGAUGGCCUAGAGGUAAAAUUGUUGGUGGAACAAGUCGUUUAAAUUACAUGGCUUAUGUAUUGGGACAUAGACUGGACUAUGAAACAUGGUUUCCAGAUUUUAUGGAAUCAACUGCAGAGAAUGAUAAAUUAGUAAGCAUUAAUGAAUUAAGGUGGAACUCUGAUUUUGCUGAUAUAUUUUUGAAGGCAGUAAAAGAAUUGAAUCAUAAUAUAGGGAACAUGAAUUUGCAAUUAGAUACAGGUUUUAUGAAAGCUCAUUUGACAAUAGAAAAUGGCAAAAGAUGGAGUCCAGAUAAAAUUCUACAUUGGAAGUCAAAUUAUCCCAAUCUGACCUUACUUACUCAUGCACGUGCCAGCAAAAUACUUAUGAAUUUGGAUAAAGCUGAAGGGAUUGAAUUUCUUAGAUUUGGUAACAAAUAUACAGCAAUAGCAAAAAAAGGAGUUAUUCUAAGUGCUGGUGUAAUUGAGAGCCCAAAGUUAUUAAUGUUAUCUGGAAUUGGACCAAAAAAGCACUUGGAGACUUUAAAUAUUAGUGUAAUCAAUGAUUUGCCAGUUGGUCAAACUUUGAUGGAUCAUAUAUUAACUGGUCUCGAUUUGAUUACACUUAAUACAAGUCUUGGAUUGGAUCUUUCUGAUAUCUUUAAUCCUAUGUCAAUUUUUAAUUACUUCCUUUUUGGGAGAGGACCAUGGACGUCAGCAGGAAUUGAAGUAAUAGGAACUUUUCAUAGUGCUUUAAAUACAAAUAAAUCCACAUUACCAGAUUUGCAAUUAAUGGUAUUACCUCUUGGAGCAGCAAAAGACUGUACCUUGAGCCUCAAAAGAACUAUAGGAUUUUCCAAUGAGAUUUAUAACAAGUACUUCGCUUCUUUUUUGCACGAAAAUACAGUUACAAUCGCGCCUGUUUUACUACAUCCUAAGAGUAGUGGAGAAUUACUAUUGCAGAGCAGCAAUCCUUUUGAUGAACCACUAAUUGAUCCAAAAUAUUUAUCAAAUAAGGAAGAUAUUGACACUCUUGUAGAAGGCUUGUAUUUUAUAAAGGACCUUUUGAAGACGAAUGUUUUGAGAGCUUAUGGCGCAUCUCUAAACAAAAAACCUUUUCCUGGUUGCGAAAACUAUAUAUUUGACACUAGAGAAUAUUGGAAAUGUUAUGUGCAACAUUUAACACUGACAUCCUACCAUCCUGUUGGUACAUGUCGUAUAAACGAUGUUGUUGAUGAAUCAUUUAGAGUUUACAAUAUGAGAAACUUAUAUGUCGUUGACGCAUCAGUUCUUCCGUCUUUACCAAGUGGAAACAUCCAUGCAGCUGUACUUAUGUUAGCGCAAAAGGCUGCCCGCAUUAUUAAAAGCAAAAAGGCAGAAGAGAAAAAAAAUAUACAGAAGCAGUAUCAAUCAUACAUUUGUUAUGUAUUUAAUGUUUGUGUCGAUAUAUGCGAGAUAUAAUCGCAUGUAAAUACAAAUACAAAGCUUAUAAAAAAUAAAAAUAGUAUAUUGAUUA